GGAAGGUACAGUAGCUCUACAGUCCUAUCACAGGAGGUAAAGCAAGAAUAAUCAAAAUGAAAGUCUUCGUUACCUUAACAUGCUUGUUAGCUAUCACAUCAGCAAGUUUAAUUGCAUCACCAUAUAGUGUGCUCCUUCAACCACAACAUUUACCAGUCAUUGACGCAAAUGGUGUUCCAGUAGAACCCUUAGUCAACCAAGCUGCACGUGUUCAACAUGCUCAAUUACGUGCUGCCGCUCAAAUUCGAAAUGGUGAUGCUGCUUUAUUAGGAGCACCACUCGCUAUUGCUGCUCCCCAUGGAAUCGCUGCUCCUGCAGCUAUUGCUGGUCCUUUAGCCCUUUCUGCCCAUGGUGCUAUCUUAGCUGCACCACAACACCUACCAGCUAUUGACGGAAAUGGUGUUCCAGUAGAACCUUUGGCAAACCAAAUUGCUCGUGCCCAAAAUGCUGCUGCUCACGCCAAUGCUCAACUUCGAAACGGAGACCUCCAUAGUAUUCUUGGACGUAAAAAACGUAGUCUCGUCGCCGCGCCAUGGGCUGCUGCUGCAUGGGCUGCUCCACAACAUUUGCCAAUCAUUGACUCAAAUGGAGUACCUGUAGAACCAUUAGUAAAUCAAGCCGCUCGUGUCCAACAUGCUCAACUCCGAGCUGCCGCUCAAAUCCGUAAUGGUGAUGCUGCUUUAUUAGGAGCACCACUAGCUCUUGCUGGUGCUCAUGGAAUCGCUGCUCCAGCACCACUUGCCCUUGCUGCCCAUGGUGCCAUUUACGGUGCUCCAUUACUUGAUGCCAACAGUGUACCAAUCGAACCAUUAGCAAAUCAAAUUGUACGUGCUCAAAAUGUUGCUGCUCACGUCAAUGCAAAUAUCCGCACAGGAGACCUCCACGGAGUUCUUGGACGUAAAAAACGUAGUCUCCUCGCUGCUCCAUGGGCUGCUGCUGCAUGGGCUGCUCCACAACAUUUGCCAAUCAUUGACUCAAAUGGUGUACCAGUAGAACCUUUGGUAAACCAAGCCGCUCGUGUCCAACAUGCUCAACUCCGUGCUGCCGCCCAAAUCCGUAAUGGAGAUGUCGCUUUAUUAGGAGCCCCAGCCUUAGCCUUAGGAGGCCACGGGUUAGCUUUAGGAGCACCAGCCGCUAUUGCUGCUGCAGGACCACUUGCCGUUGCUGGUAUUCCAGCCUUAGCAUCAAUCAGCCAUGCUGGUCGUGUACCCAUUGAUACUCCAGACGUAGCUGCUGUACGUGCUGCCCAUUUUGCCGCUCAUGCUCGAGCAGCUGGUCGUAGUGGUGCCCUUGUUUUAGCUCCAGGAUAUGCUGUCAUUCCCGAAUCACGUACAUAUCCAGCUCUUGCUCCUGAUGGUCAACCAAUUGAAACACCAGAAGUACAAAUCCUCAAAGCAAAUCACUUGGCUGCUCACGCUGAAGCAAGAGCGCGAAAUGGCGCAGCUCCUUUAUUUUUGGCACAACAAUUAUAUGCUGGACCAUUAGCUGUAGUUGCACCAAAUGGAGUACCAAUUGAUACACCUGAAGUUCAAGCCGCCAGAGCUGCACACUUUGCAGCUAAAGCUGCCGCUCUUGCCAUUGUACCUCACUAAAUUAAUUGAAAUGGACAAUGAUUGUUUGAAUGUGGUUGCAAUUGACACAAACCUCGCCGACCAACGUCUAUAAAGCGCUGUCAUUUUCACAUUACUUUAUUUUCACCACUGAAGCUCUUCAUUCUAUCCACCUUUUUCACUCAGCUUCUCUAUAAACGUUA